AUCAGAACAUCCAUCUUAUUGCUUCGUAAAGAUACUGGAUAAAGUUUUAAAAAAUGAAAGCAGAACAUUUUUCACUGGGGAACGUUUUUUUCAUUUGCACUUGCCUUCUGUGGAUAAUAACCGUUUCUUCAGCCUUAGAAAAAGACAUAAUCGCCAAAAACGACAAGAUAGCAGUUUACCAAUCAAGUACGUACGAAACGUGUUAUGCUUCCAAUGUUAUUAACAAUAUGACACUUCAUGCUACGGUUGUUCCGGACUCAACACUAUGCCUAGCAUGUAGCGCAACAGUCGGGAACGAAUCACCCUGGCUCCAGAUUGACUUCGGCACAAAAGCGAUGAUGCGAACCUUACGUAUUUUUGGACGUGAUUAUGAUACACCCGGACAGAGUAGCAAUCUUCUUGUGUCAAUCAGCAACACUUCACACUUUGUUAACCAAAACUUCUCUACAUGGGAAGAUUUUGGAUUGAUAAAUGCCUCUGAUCCAUACAACGGUGUUAUGUGGGACCUUGGAGUAAACCGUGUUUUACAGUACCUCGUUUUCAGACGACCUUUGCCAUCGGUUAUGGCAAUAUGUGAGGUGGCAGUGUUUAAUACCGAUUGUGAGAAGGGUUUCUUCGGGGAUAAGUGCGCAAGCAUGUGUCAAUGCAAGGAUGAACAACCGUGUGACAGCGUUACUGGGAAGUGUGCUACACCUGGAUGCUUUGCUGGAUGGAAAGGGGACUCGUGCAGUACAGAAUGUUCUGGUGACGAAUUCGGGGUAGACUGUGCUUCGACAUGCAAUUGCUAUGACAACGGAGUAUGUGACUCGAUCGAUGGCAAGUGUAUAGCUGGAGAGUGUGCCCCCGGAUGGCAAGGAAAUACAUGCGACAUAGAAUGCAAAUCACCACAUUUUGGACAAAACUGUAGCCAAACAUGUCAUUGCUACCUAUCUGGACCGUGCGACCCCAUCAAUGGACUUUGUACGCAUGGAAUGUGUGCGCCGGGCUGGUUGGGUGAUAGCUGUGAUAAAGAAUGUGACGAUGGUAGAUUUGGGCAAAGCUGCAGUAAUUCAUGCCAUUGCUACGACAGCGCAUCGUGCAAUCACACAAAUGGCAUAUGUUCCAAUCACUUAUGUGAAACGGGAUGGCAGGGAGACAGUUGUAGUGAAGUAUGUGGUUUUGGACACUUUGGACAAAAUUGUAGCCAGAUAUGCCACUGCUAUGACAAUGCGUCCUGUGUUCCAUUCAGCGGUCUGUGUCCGAAUUCGAAGUGUUCUUACGGCUGGCAAGGACCAAGUUGCAAUAUAGAAUGUGCCGAUGGUACAUUUGGGCAAAGCUGCAGUAAUUUAUGCCAUUGCUACGACAGCGCAUCGUGCAAUUACACAGAUGGCAUAUGUUCCAAUCACUUAUGUGAAACGGGAUGGCAGGGAGACAGCUGUAGUGAAGUGUGUGGUUUUGGACACUUUGGACAAAACUGUAGUCAGAUAUGCCACUGCUAUGACAAUGUGUCCUGUGAUCCAUUCAGCGGUUUGUGUCCGAACUCAAAGUGUUCUUACGGCUGGCAAGGACCAAGUUGCAAUAUAGAAACGGGCACAUCAAAUGACUCAACGAUUAUUACAACUCAAACAUCAACAAACACUCCCUACACAGAAGUCACGAAUGGACAAAGUGUAUAUGAAGAACUUAAGAAAUAUAAAAGUCGAUACAUAGUAUCUGUCACUACGGUUGGCGUCUUGGCAUUUGGUUUUGUUGUUGUUGGUCUAAUAGUGGUCAGUUUAAAGUUUGCCAAACAGAGUGUCAGUACGUGCUGUAUUAAAGCAAAAGAAGCCUCUAGAACUCUUAGUGUCAAACCAGCAGAGCUCUAA